AUGUGUGGAUUCCUUCCAUCAAACGAAGUUCACAUUUUUGGCUAUGCGAGGACUAAGAUUACAGAUGAUGAGCUAAGAGACCGCAUUCGGGGAUAUCUUAUAAAUGACAAAGGCGCUUCAUCCAAGGACUUGGAAGCUGUAACUGAUUUUUUGCAACUGAUCAAAUAUGUAAGUGGUGCUUAUGAUGCCGAGGAGGGGUUUCGGCUAUUGGAUAAGGAAAUUUCAAAGCAUGAAGUCUCAAAACAUAGCGCAGAAGGAUCAUCUAGGAGACUCUUUUAUCUUGCACUUCCUCCAUCGGUAUAUCCAUCUGUCUGCAAGAUGAUCCGGCAUUUCUGCAUGAAUAAAUCUGAUCUUGGUGGAUGGACACGGGUUGUUGUUGAGAAGCCGUUUGGCAAGGAUCUAGAAUCUGCCGAGGAACUCAGUUCUCAGAUUGGAGAGUUGUUCAAGGAAUCACAAUUAUAUCGCAUUGAUCACUAUUUGGGAAAGGAGUUGGUGCAAAAUUUGUUGGUCCUUCGUUUUGCAAACCGCUUCUUUUUGCCCCUCUGGAACCGUGAUAACAUCGACAAUGUACAGAUCGUGUUUAGGGAGGAUNCAGUACGGGUAUGA